CUCGCGCUGCUGGCCCGCCAGCUCGUCUUCUUCGCCGGCGCGCUCUUCGCCGCGCUGCUCGUGCUCACCGUCUACGACGAGGACGUGCUGGCCGUGGAGCACGUGCUCACCGCCAUGACCGCGCUCGGGGUCACGGCCACCGUGGCCAGGUCUUUCAUUCCGGAAGAGCAGGGCCGGAGUCGUUCCCCGCAGUUCCUGCUGCACGCGGCUUUGGCGCACAUGCACUACCUCCCAGAGGAGCUCGGUCCUGCGGGCAGGGCCAGCGCUUACCGGCAGAUGGCGCGGCUGUUGCAGUACCGAGCGGUCUCCCUCCUGGAGGAGCUCCUGUCCCCUCUCCUCACUCCGCUGUUUUUGCUCUUCUGGUUCUCCCCUCGUUCCCUGGAGAUCAUUGACUUUUUUCAUCACUUCACUGUGGAUGUGGCUGGAGUUGGGGACAUCUGUUCCUUCGCCCUUAUGGAUGUGAAGCGCCACGGCCACCCUCAGUGGCUCUCGGCAGGACAGACAGAGGCCUCACUGUCUCAGCGUGCGGAGGAUGGAAAGACUGAGCUCUCCUUGAUGAGGUUCUCCCUGGUGCAUCCACAAUGGCGCCCCCCAGGGCACAGCUCCAAAUUCCUGGGACACCUUCGGGGCAGGGUACAACAAGAUGCAGCAGCCUGGGGCGCCACCUCUGUUCGCAGCCCCCCCACGCCUGGGGUGCUCAGUGAUUCUUCCUCACCUCUGCCGGAGGCCUUCCUGGCCAACCUCUUGGUGCAGCCCCUCCUGCCCCCACGGGACCUGAGCCCCACGGCCCCCUGCCCAGCUGCAGCCACAGCCAGCCUCCUGGCCUCCAUUUCCCGCCUUGCCCAGGACCCGAGCUGUGUGUCCCCAGGAGGCACUGGGGGCCAGAAGCUGGCCCAGCUUCCAGAGUUUGCUUCUGCUGAGAUGAGUCUUCAUGCCAUCUACCUGCACCAGCUCCAUCAACAGCAGCAGCAGGAACUGUGGGGCGAGGCUUCAGCCUCUUCCCUGUCCAGGCCCUGGUCCAGCCCCUCCCAGACACUCUCGCCCGAUGAGGAGAAGCCAUCCUGGUCAAGUGAUGGCUCCAGUCCUGCCUCCAGCCCCAGACAGCAGUGGAGAACCCAGAGGACCCAGAAUCUGCUCCCUGGAAGGUUUCAGGAGACCACAGACACCCAGAAGGAGCCUAGUCAGGCCCCUGGCACUGACUGAGAGGGCUCCUCAGGGUUCCCUGGCUUCUCCAGCUAUAGGAGAUCAGACAAGGUGGAGUGGAAGGACGUGACACCGAGCCCUCUUUAGAGACCCACCCCCGCAGACUGUAGGCCUAAGGACGCUUUAGUUGGGCAGGAGUUGGGGGAGGUUAGUGAUGAGCUCACCCAGAGAGCAGAGAAAGGGUAGGAGAGGAGAUGCCAAAAGAUCUGGAAACAAGUCUCAGAGAUGAUCCCCACCUGGAGGGGCUAAGGGGACACCACCCCAACUAGCUGUCUCAGCAAUUGCCUGGGAAGCAAUCCCCAGGGAUCCUCAGGGUGGAGGACAGGGCCAAGGCGGAGGCCUAGCUAAAUGUUAGGGAAACAGUUAGGGACGGGACCUGAACCCCAGUGGGCCCUUCGAGCUGGCCUGGCCUUCAGGGUCCCACGGGACUUGUGGAGGGAGGGCCAUGGGGACUUGUGAGUGGGAAGACUACGGAGGGCUGAUGUUUUUGGAGUUCAGCACUGGUGUGAUGUCGGAGAAAGUGGGUGUGGCUCCUCAUCCUGUCUGAAACCAGCAGUAAAGGUUGCUCAUGGCUGUGUUGCACAUCUUUGUGACCUUAGUCGCUGGCAUUCCCACUCCUGGUAGCUGAGGGCUGUACCUGUUUCUCAGUCAGGAGCAAGGAAGCUACACAGAACUGUCUGUGAUUGGCUGGAAACCACAUUUCUAGAGCGCUGGGUCAGAGUGGAGUAUGUAGGAUAGGACCGCCUUUUAAAGAAUUACUACGACCUUCAACUGCACAAAUUAAAAGACAAAGCUUGUCAUUCUGUAA